GAGUGGCAGCCAAUAAAUAAAAGCAGUAACUCGACAGCAGCACUAGCUUGAAAAAGUCAAAUAGGUUCACCCCAUUAAAGUAUAAUGCGCACUUUCUCCGUUAAAUCGCCAUUUUUAUCGCUUGCGUUAAUAGUAUGACGAAAAAAAUCUUAAAAGAAGUUUUAGAGAGGGUUCAAAUUCCUAAACACGUCAACUCUUCUGUCGUGGCAGCCAAAGUUGUCUCUAUCAGAAGAAAAGAGGAAAUAUUUUCAGCAUUCGGGACCCUUCCAGAUAAUUCUGCCACAUUGUGAUCAGAGCCAGGAUUCUGCUCUGUUAUGCCAUCCUCCUCGUGAAACAAGAUGGACUCUGACUGCUUCCUGGCUGAUCAGCCUGCAUGUUCGUAUGCAGCUGCCCCAAUGUCUGAUUCUGACACUGUUAUUCCUGGAGCCUCAGGAGGGGAAGUUGGUGGGCCUCCAGGGGUGGAGGAUCUUGAUGUCUACAGUCUGAUUGAGCCUCCUCCUCUGGACUGGAGGUCAGACUCUUCCAGUGAGGCAGCUUCUGCUCAUGAUCUGGAAGACCCCAGAGAUCCCCCCUCUGCUGAACUUCUGGAUUUGACCAGUCCUGAAGACUCAGGAUCUCCCCCGUUGAUUGGAGGAGACUCGUUGACCGCAGUCCAGUCGUACCAACAGGUGCUUCUAGGAAAUGCAGCAGAUUCAUGUCAGGAUUUAGAAGUUAAAGAAGAAGCUGGGGGUGCUCCUGCUGGAGAGGAAAUGACCCAUGAGAUUUUAAGAGAUAUUGAGAAGGAGGUUGGUAAAGAAGAGACUGAGGAUUCCAACAGGAAAUCAGGUGAUGAGGAUCACAGCCAUAUUCAGGCUUUGCUCAGCCAGCUUCAGAUGAUGGACAAAGAACCCCAUGGCUGUCACUAUUCCAGCCUGUCUGAACAGGAAGUCUGCCGCCACUCCAUGCUAACGAAUAAUACUGAAGCAACAGGACUGCUUUUCUCUGAAAGCCACCAUAGAGAUCUGCUUGGACUGCUGCAGUGCACAGCCAUCACUUCUGCGCCCCAUCCUUCCCUUCAGGCCCACUUUGGUCAGAGGGACGGUGUACUCCCAGUUUCCUAUGGCCAGGCGGACUCUCCGAGAUGCUGGAGGCAAAGCUCCAGUUGCCAGCGGCACAGAGAAGACUCCAUCACAUCUCUGCCUGACGAUGAAUACCCUGAGCCUGUAUGGAUGAAGGUUGGAGAGGAGCCGCCAGAGGAGGAGUCAGGAGCAGAUGGUGAAGAGGCUGCUGAUGACACCCCCUCAUAUAAAGAUGUUCCUGGUCCUUGUGACCCAGAGGACCUGUUGGACGGAGUCAUCUUUGGUGCCAAGUACCUGGGCUCCACUCAGAUCAAAUCAGACAGGAACCCUUCCACAAACGCUCGCAUGACCCAGGCUCAGGAGGCUGUUGAUAGGAUAAAGGCUCCAGAGGGAGAGUCUCAGCCAAUGACUGAAGUGGAUCUGUUCAUCUCCACUAAACGAAUCAAAGUGCUCACAGCUGACACACAGGAAGCUAUGAUGGAUCACUCUCUGCAGACGAUUUCUUACAUAGCAGACAUUGGGGACAUUGUGGUCCUAAUGGCACGGAGGAAACUUAAAGGACAGGAUGGGGAGGCUGCAUCCCACGCUUCAUCUCAAAAGAAGUGCCUGAUGAUCUGCCAUGUGUUCUCCUCUGAGGAUGCUCAGGUCAUAGCUCAGGCGAUUGGACAGGCUUUUGGAGUGGCCUACCAGCAGUUCCUUCAGACCAAUGGCAUCAAGGCAAGCGAUCUGAAACCAGGCGAAUACAGCAACUACCUGGAUAGCCAAGAACUCUACAACGGAGACCUGGCCCACUUCUCAGACUCUCAGAACCUUCGAGAGAUAGCUAUCACUAAGGCUGCUGGCGAGAUCCUGGGGCUGGCCGUGGUGGAGUCGGGUUGGGGCUCCAUCCUGCCCACUGUGGUGGUGGCCAACCUUCUCCAUGGGGGUCCAGCAGAGCGCUGUGGUGAGCUCAGCAUUGGUGAUCGCAUCAUGUCUGUCAAUGGAACCAGCUUAGUCGGUCUGCCCAUCACCACCUGCCAAAACAUCCUCCGGGACCUUAAGAGCCAAAAGUAUGUGAAGCUCAGCAUCGUCCACUGCCCUCCAGUCACCAUGGCGAUCAUAAAGAGACCCGAUCCCAAGUAUCAGCUUGGCUUCAGCGUGGACGAUGGCAUUAUUUGCAGUCUGAUGAGAGGGGGUAUCGCAGAGAGAGGGGGGAUCCGUGUUGGACACCGCAUCAUUGAAAUCAAUGGGCAAAGUGUUGUUGCUACUUCCCACGACAAGAUCAUCCAGAUCCUGACAAAUGCGGUUGGAGAGAUUCAUUUGAAGACGAUGCCUGCUUCAACGUAUCGACUGCUAACGGGACAGGAGCAGCCGGUGUUUCUUUGAGCACUCCUCCUGCUUCACAAGGAUGUUUUAUCGAAGUGUUUAAGCUACAUAAGCUUCCGCCAAACUAUAUAAUAUGCAAUUUGAAUCGCACAUCUGUUGUCAUAGUGCAGCCACUGUUCAACAAAUCAGACUAGCUGUGUCUUUGAUAUUUUAAUAUGACAGCAAUAUUUAAAAUAUAAGAGUUAGAGGAUUUAAUUGUUUUUAUUUAUUAGAUUUUUUAGAAUGGGUAAUUUUUUUGUUUUUUUUAACUUGGAUGCUCACUCCAUCAACUUAGACAAUGGUAAGAAUAAUCAGGUAAAGUGCGCCUGAGUCUUCCAGCCUUACAUGCUUUCUGAGGAAAUCUUUUAUAAACCUACUUGAAGAAGUGACCUAAUUGAAUCAAGAUAAAGGUCUGAGUGUUUUAGUGUGACAUCCUGUUCAUCAUGUUUUUAUGCACAUCAGCUGUCUACCCAUCACAAACGUUAGUGAAGAUUGCGUCUUCGUGCAGUGUUUCACUAACGUGUCGGGUCUUUCCUCGAUUUAAGGUCAAUGCCUAAUUUCAUAGAGAUAUAAAUAUGUUUGUAUGUUUCAUGCUGAUAUGGAUGCUCAAUAAAAUGUUUAUUAAUAUAACUUUUGAGAAUCUGUGAAUGC